AUGCCGUCCCGGCCAGCCAUGCUGCUGGGCAGCCUCCUCCUUGCUGCAGUCACUGCAACUGUGGCCCAGAGGCAGGGGCAGGAGGCUGGUGGGCGCCGCCGGGCACACCGAGUCCAGCACGGCCAGUGCAGCUACACUUUCUUGCUGCCCGAGCCUGAGCCCUGCCCGCCGGAACCCGAAGUCUUCGGGGGCUCCAACAGCCUCCAGAGGGACUCCCCGGCUGCUGGGCUGAACCUCGGAGACUGGCGGACCCAGCGGGUGCGACAAUUGGAGAAGGUGCUGGAGAACAACACUCAGUGGCUGCAGAAGCUGGAAAGGUACAUCCAGAUGAGCCUGAGAUCAGAGCUGGUGCAGGCCCAGCAGCACAUGGUGCAGAACCAGACGGCCACCAUGCUGGAGCUGGGCACCAACCUCCUGAACCAGACCACAGCACAGACCCGAAAGCUCACCGAUGUGGAAGCACAGGUCCUGAACCAGACAUCAAGGAUGGAGAUCCAGCUUCUGGAGACCUCACUGUCCACCAACAAGCUGGAGAAGCAGCUACUGCUCCAGGGCCAUGAGCUCAACCGACUACAAGGCCGCAACAGCGCGCUGGAAACGCGGGUGCUGGCGUUGGAGACGCAGCAGCAGGCAGAGCUGAGCAGCCUCCGAGACGAAAAGGAGCGACUGAGGCGCCUGCUGGGCCGCCAGAGUGGUGCCCUGGCCGGCCUGGAGCGCAGCCUGCGCGCCGCCAGCAGCAACUCCAGUCUCCUGCAGCGUCAGCAGCGCCAGCUGUUGGAGUCGGUGCAGCGGCUGGUGCGCGUCGUGGCUCAGGGCCCCGGUGAGCGUACAGCCUCCAUGAGGGCAGCUGAACAGGUGUUCCAGGACUGUGCUGAGAUUCAGCGCUUUGGGGCCAAUACCAGCGGCGUUUACAUCAUCCAUGUGGCCAACAUGACGGAGCCCAAAAAGGUCUUCUGUGACAUGGAAGCGAAUGGAGGUGGGUGGACCCUCAUUCAGCGUAGAGAAAAUGGCAGCGUCAAUUUCCAGAGGAAUUGGAAGGAUUAUAAACAGGGUUUUGGUGACCCAGCUGGAGAGUACUGGCUGGGCAACGAGGCCGUGCACCAGCUCACCAGCAGCGGAACCUACUCUCUGCGCGUGGAGCUGCAAGACUGGGAAGGCAACGAUGCCUAUGCCCAGUAUGAGCAUUUCCAGCUGGGCAGUGAGGGGCAGCUCUACAGGCUUUCUCUGGGAGGAUACAGUGGCUCAGCAGGUCGCCAGAGCAGCCUGGUCCUGCAGGGCACCAACUUCAGCACCCGUGACGCAGACAAUGACAACUGCCUCUGCAAGUGCGCCCAGAUGCUGUCUGGAGGAUGGUGGUUUGAUGCCUGUGGCCUCUCCAACCUCAACGGCAUCUACUACCCUGCUCGCCACCACGUGCGCAAGCUGAAUGGCAUCCGCUGGCACUACUUCCAGGGCCCCAGCUACUCGCUGCGUGCCACCCGCAUGAUGGUGCGGCCCAUAGGCACUUAAGGAGAGCAUGGGCUUUGGGCGGCACCCCAGAAAGGAGCCCACCACGUCUCCCUGGACCUGCUGCGCCCGAACACAG